GCGUUUCGACGGUUGUGCUUCCGACAGCGGGAGAGACGAAGUCGUGUCUAGCCUCGACUUUCAGCACUUUAACCCGCCGGCUUGGCUUGUACAACUGCCAGGUUCUUCAGCGAUACAGGAGAGGACUUCUUUUGUAUACACUUGACUUUUAAUAAUGCCUCGGGGCGGAAAAAGGGGCCACAAAGGCAGAGGGAAGCAAUUCAGCAACCCGGACGAGAUUGACAGACAGAUGAAAGCGCAGAAAGAGUUGGAAGAAAAUCCUAAUGCAGUUAAGGAGGCCUCUGGAGACUCUGAUGACGAGAGCAGCAGCGAUGACGACUCCGAUUUAAAAAAGAGGAGUGGGGUGGAGGGGCUUAUCGAGAUUGAGAAUCCCAACCGCGUGUCCCAGAAGAGCAAGAAGGUGGCCGAGGUCGACGUCAGUGCUCCCAGAGAGCUGUCCCGCAGGGAACGAGAGGAGAUAGAGAAGCAGAAAUCAAAGGAACGCUACAUGAAGCUCCAUCUCGAGGGGAAGACUGAGCUGGCCAGGGCCGACUUGGCCCGACUCGCCAUCAUCAAGAAGCAGAGGGAGGAUGCGGCCAAGAAGAGGGACGAUCUCAAGAAAGAUAAAGAUGACGAUACCAAAGUAAAGCGCUAGUCCUCCCGUCUGAAAAUUUCAACAUGCACUUCAGUCUCAGAAGGAUGGAGCGAGAGAGAAGGAGAUCCGGAGGAGGACAACAGGGAGGGGGGACCAAUACGAGUGGCAUCAGAUCAGGGGUGAUCCUGAACUCCUGGCCCUCAUUUAAGAUCCGAGGGUCUUCCAUAACAGCGUGGCGAGGACACGGGGGCAACCGGGGGGGUCCAGCAGAGCCGAAGAGGAAUGCAACAUUUGGGAUGCCUCUCGUUUUCCUCCUGGAGGAGGCAGGCGUUCCAAGUGCUUCACCGCCUCUUUACUCUCCCCCACCCGCCAGUGUUUUAAUUCUGAAGCUGCUGAAGUUAUUUCCAUUGAUUUAAAACGUGUGUGUACACAGUUAAGCUCAUAUAAGUUUACUUGAUGACUGAACAGCUUUUAAAAGUAAGCGUUCGUGGGGAUAUCUUUGGUGCUUUCCCUCCAUCUCGCCUGAUUUGUACGACGGCCAAUCAGUGACAGAUGGAGAGAAACAUCACUAUUCAGAGGAUAAAGUGAUGUAUAUAAGAAUUAUACAAUGUAAUUUAGUAUUUGUGGAUAUUUUGCACAAGACAUUGGUAUAAUUUUCUAAAGAUUUGAGUUUUUUUUCAUUUUCCUGCAGCAUCCAAACACGAGCAUCUUUCUCCUCGAGCCUCCUGGUGUUGAGUUUGUCAUUUUUCGAUCACCUUCUUUUUUUGUUGUUGCAAAUUUACAGUUAAUAAUAAUAAUCUGUCCUCCUGUCGCGACGUGUCUAGAACAUAUUUAGUUUACUUUGGAUUUUCAUGGAUCUUUCCCCCAACACGUGGCUCACUUGAAUCAUGUCGUUGCUGUUCGGUUCUGAAAGUGUUUCGGAUCGGGUUUUGUCAUCCUUCGCUCGGAGCACUCGACAUAUUACUUGAAUUGCCUUUAAUAAGCAUUUUAAAGUGGUUGGAAAGCGCCUCUGUGACUACGGCCUCUUUUGGGGUCCUCUGGUUCGACAGGAGGGAUUGUGUCUUCUGUUGCCUUCACAAAGUUUACACUAGACCCGUUCACUGUCUUUCUCCUGUGAUUAAAGUCCUACAAAGAACCUC